CAAAGCACAACUGGUUGUAUACGAAUCGGAAUGUCAGCGGUGAAAAAUAUACUACAGGUACAGGACACGGUGAAACCAAAUAGCCCAAACAAUUACAACGAAUACAACCUCGAAAAAGGUUGUAGAUAAUCUCAGUAACUUAAGUCCACACAGGCGUCCGUAUGUACAGCAUCUUCAUUCAUAACGGUAUAAAUCGACAUCGACAUACUACACGUUUAAUGGAACACAAAAUCAAAACAAUCCUCGUAGACCUGAGUGGUACGCUUCAUAUUGAGAAUGAAGAAAUUCCAGGAUCGGUGGAAGCUUUGAAAAGGUUGCGGAAUUCAAAAUUAAAUGUUAAAUUUGUUACAAACACUACAAAAGAAUCACAAAGACUUUUGUUUGAGAGGUUGAGGAAUCUUGGAUUUGAUAUUGAAUCCAGGGAAAUUUUCACCUCUUUAACUGCUGCUGUGAAAUUGAUCAAACAAAACUCUUACCGACCUCUCCUGAUGGUUGAUGACAGAUCUCUGGAGGAUUUCAAAGGAAUUGAAACAAAGAAUGCAAAUGCAGUUGUUGUUGGACUUGCUCCAGAAAAGUUUCAGUACAACACCUUGAAUCAAGCAUUUAGACUUUUGAUGGAUGGGGCCCCUCUUAUAGCCAUACACAAAACCAGGUACUACAGAACAGGUUCUGGGUUAUCCUUAGGUCCAGGACCAUUUGUUACUGGACUAGAAUAUGCAGCAGAUUGUAAGGCUGAAGUAGUAGGAAAACCAGAGAAAGCAUUUUUCCUGUCUGCUGUUGAAGAGUUCCAGUGUCAUCCAAAUGAAUGCAUUAUGAUUGGAGAUGAUGUGAAAGAUGACAUCCAUGGAGCACAGGGCUGUGGAAUGCUGGGUAUCCUUGUACAGACUGGAAAAUACAGACCCAAUGAUGAAGACAAAAUUGAUCCAAAGCCAUUUUUGACUGUCAGAAACUUUUCAGAGGCAGUUGAUAAAAUUAUAUCCACUUCGUCAUGACACGAGGAGAUUUAUUUAUAUAAAUCUACUAUAAAGUUAAAAGACCACUCUUAUGUGAACUGCAAAAAUUGGCACAUAAUUAGUAUCUACAUGUUGUUUAUUUGCAUGUUUAAUCUGUUUACUACUUGAAGGAGAGGUCUAACUUGUUCUUCUAGUCCAGAGCUCUGAUCAUUAUACAUGUAUUUAUGAACAUUGAGAGCAGCAUAUUAUUUGGCAAGACAGUGAGGAUGCCUUCAUGAGCAGGGGAAUAGUAGAUCUUUUUAAAGUGGCUGAUGAUGUUGCAAAGCAAAUUACAUGCAGUACUUGAAUGCAUACAAAUAGUAUGUAUGUAUCUAAUAAAGUAGUACAUGUAAAUGGAAAGUUUUCAAGUACAUGUACAUGUAUCUGGAGUA